AUGCGUUUCUCAGCUACCCUCGUUGCCUCUAUGGCAGUAAUUCUUCCAGUUCUGGCAUCUUCCAAGGAAGCUACAGCGCAAGCUCUCCUCAAGACCGCAGAAACCGCAGUUCCUGGUGAAUCUGCCCUUUUUACCACCUACACUGGCAAGAAAACACCACUUGCAUCCAACUACACCCAGGUCAUCGAUGCCACGGGCACCGGAGAACCUGGCCAGGAUGAUCUUCUUUUCCAAAACCUGCUCGCUGCCGAAUGGAUCAUCUACACCUUCUACCAGCAAGCCGUCGAGACUUUCAACACUUCCUCCUUCACCAAAAUCGGUUUCCCCAACACCACUUACGAGCGCAUCCGAGAAAUCCGAAACAACGAAGCCGGCCACGCCCGUAUCUUCCAAGACAACAUCUCCAAGAACUCCCUAAAGCCCGGUCCUUGCAAUUACACCUUCGGCUUUGGAGACAAUGCAUUGGAUUUCCUCGCUCUCCAGGUUUACAUCGAAGUCGCCAGCCAGGCCUUCCUUACCGGCCUCCAGCUCCAGGCUGAUCUGAACGUCUCCCGCUCGGCACUGAUGGCAAUCGGACAAGUCGAGGCUCGUCACAAUACCUGGGCCUUGAUCGAUAACUGGAAUGUCAGCCCAUUCUCUGGCCCCUCAGAUACCACCUACCCCUACGCCAACCAGAUUUUGGACAUGACCAACACCUUCGUGACAUCCUGCCCAGCUGAGAAUCCUGUGUACCCGUCUCCUCGCCAGAACCUGCCGCAGAUGGUGUUCUGGGCAAAUGGAACCACUGCUACGCCUGGCUCGCAGAUCCAGCCGUACUUCUACCAGUCUGCCAACAAGCCCAAGUUCCAGGCUGGCAAGGAGUACUUUGCCGUUUUCUACCAUGGUGUCAACACCAUCAGUGUUCCGUAUAACUGGCAGAAGGGCAUUGUGACCAUCCCCAAGGAGAUCGACGUUGCCUCGGGUAUUAUCAUUGUCAACAUCGCUGAUAAGAAGGGUGCCCCCACUGAGGAUAGCGUUGUGGCUGGACCUAUGAUUAUCUUGGAGCAGCCUGUUGCCUUGACUUUGGAGGAGCCUGAUGCUAUCUCUAUCUAA